ACUAUCGAUAGUGGCCAACCACCAUUAGAUAGAGCAAAACAAUGGAAUCAUUCGAUGGUAUCGAUAGUACCAUUGAUAGUUUUACAGCUUUAGUGCCGAUGUUUUUGGAAAAAAAUUGUGCAUUUGUUUACGCUUGGGCUGUGAAAAAUUGAAUUGGUUUCGCCAUGCUUAAACUACUUCCCAGCAGCUCAUUUGGAGGUAAUCCAAGCGCAAAAUGUGGAGAAAUCUACUGUCACAGCUCCACCGAAUUUACCAUAGUUUGUUCGCUCUGCGGCUUGAAAGCAUUCCACUAUGAGGACUUCUUGUUGCACUGCAAAAAUGUACACUUCGAAAAUGAUUUGUUGAGGACUGAGGAAGUCCUUCUCGAAGUGACACCUUACUUGGCAGCAAAUGUGAAAGAUGAGCUUUUAAUUGAAGAAAACAGCGAUGACGUUGAAUUCAUGGAAGUGAACGACUUUGACAUAUCUGAUGCUGAGGACGAAAAGGCUGGAUUACGCAUCAUGAAAUGGGAACAGAAACAGGCUUUGUUUGAGUCUCUGGAGACUGGGACGCAAAAUGACGAGGAGGAUAAUUAUGAUAGGGAUCAAGAUUUCUCACCAACUUCACAUAAAAAAAAGCUUAAAGAAAUUAAACGUGUUCGAACUGAAACAUACAAAUGUGAAAUAUGUUCUCGUACUUACAAAAGCAAACAUAAUUUACGCCUACAUUUGCAAAAAGCACAUAGUCCUGAAGGAGGAAAGACUUUAGCUAUACAAAUGCAAAAAUGCGAGGAAUGUGCGGAAGAAUUUAAAACAUUGCGUAGUUUGGAAGAUCAUUGCCUAACAGUGCAUGGAGGCAUGAAAUGUUCGCUUUGUGAAAGGAGAUUAACGUCAAGGACAAAUCAGUUAAGGCACAUUGAAACUCACACGCACGGAACAGAGCGGAGAUUUGCCUGCGAUUACGAAAACUGUACGAAACGCUUCUUUACACGUCGACAAUAUCAAGCUCAUAAGCGCAUCCACACCAGAGCCAAGAACUUCAUUUGUGAUAUUUGUGGCUAUUCCUGUCGAGUGCCUGAAAUGCUUAAGGUACAUUAUCGUUCACAUACAGGAGAAAAGCCAUACGCUUGUGAGGAAUGUGGAAAACGUUUUAUAUCUAAAUCGGCAGUCAGAGAGCACAAAGUAACGCAUGGUACAGAACGUCCACAUGUGUGCAAAGUAUGCGAUCGUUCAUUUGCUCAUGCAAAAUCUCUCUAUCACCAUAAGUUCUUGCAUCUAGAAGAGAAGAAAUUCAAAUGUAAGGUUUGUGGACAAGCAUAUGCGCAGCUAGCGGGAUUGGCUGGGCAUAUGAGACGACACCGCGAAGAUGGUGAAUGUUGAAUAGAUAUCCAAGUUAUUAAGGAAAACUUCUUUAUAUUUAUUUUAUGAAGUAAACUCUUUCUAUUUAAAACACACAGCACAGUCAUCGGAUAAUGAUAAUUAUAAUGCCUUAAAAAUAUAAAAUGUUACGGAUUAAAAAUAAAAAUAAUGGUCGGAAUAGUUGUUCUGAGAACUUGCAUUACA